UCUUGCUUCCUGGCACCGGCAUAGUCUGAAGCUGCGCCUCACUGACGUGGGUCUCCCGCCUCCGACUCCAAGUGCCGAUUCUCUUCACCUCGAGUGAACAGCAGGAACGCCAGCACCAAGGAAAAGGCGGCGGGGAAAGGCGUAGUGCAAGAGCCAGCCAAGGCCUGCAAGAACCCAACGUCCCACCGCGCCCUAACCAAGAUGGCGGCCAGAGCCGGCGGCCUUAACCGAAGAUGGCGGCCAGGGUCGGGCUCGCGGCCUCCGCGGUCGCGCAAGAGCGUGAGCCCAUACUGUGGCCUUCGAUGCCCGGAUCUAAGAUGGCAGCCGGGGAGGGUGCGGUUUCUCCCUGAGGCGUGUGAGGAUGUGCGCAUGCUCAGUUGGGUCCUCGCUGGGGCCGUAGCUAUCCUGUGACGCUAAGGUACGUUUGGGUCCUGGGCGCAUUCCUUCUCCAUGUUAACCUGCGGCUCUCGUACUUCCGGACCCGAGGGAAGCCCACCUAUGUGAGGGAGUCAUAUACCAAAAACAAUGUCCGGAAGCUUCUACUUUGUCAUUGUUGGCCAUCAUGAUAAUCCAGUAUUUGAAAUGGAGUUCUUGCCAGCUGGGAAAACGGAAUCUAAAGAUGAACAUCGCCACCUGAACCAGUUCAUAGCCCAUGCCGCUCUCGACCUGGUGGCGGAGAACAUGUGGCUUUCCAACAAUAUGUACCUGAAAACUGUGGACAAAUUCAACGAGUGGUUUGUGUCGGCGUUUGUCACUGCAGGGCAUAUGAGAUUCCUGAUGCUUCACGACGUGAAGCAGGAAGAUGGGAUAAAGAACUUCUUCACUGACGUCUAUGACUUGUAUAUCAAGUUUGCAAUGAAUCCAUUUUAUGAGCCCAAUUCUCCUAUUCGAUCAAGUGCAUUUGACAGAAAAGUUCAGUUUCUUGGGAAGAAGCACCUUUUAAGCUAAAUGCUGAAGAAUUCUUAACAUGGGGUUAUGCUCAAGAUUGUGUACAUUGUAAUUUUUUUAAACAGCAUGGAAAAUCUUACUUCUCUGUUUAUCCUUAUCUAAUGAAAUCUCCCCUAAAACAGCACAUUGUUUCAUGUUGAUUAUCAGCAUCAAUAUUUGUGAGCAGGGUCAUUGAUCAGUAAAUUAAAAAUUUUUUGUGUUUAAAGAAA